CACCUUUGCAUCAUUCCUUGACCCGAUUCAGAGUUAUCUUCCAUCAUCCACAGCUUUCCUUCUAAAUUUCUGCAGUGUGACAUCUCAAUCCUAAGUUUUAUUGAGCAAUGGCUGUCGGAAUCAUCCAUGAUUAAAGAUUCGGAGCUUGCCCUCAUGCGUGACCUUCUUGGAGAUCCGUUUAGAGUCCACCAUCCGGACACCAUGGAUGGGGUCAAUCUUACUUGUAAUCCUGAGCCGGGUAGCUUCCUAGUUAUGCACUAUGACUCAACCCUCUAUGGUUUUCGAUUCCCAUUGCACUCGUUCAUCCGUGAGGUCUGGCCUCCCCCCAGCUUGUGCCCCUAUUACGUCGUCGAUCACGAUCUCCUGAUUUGGGGUCAGGGCCGCCACCACCUCCUUGAAUUGCUCAGACGUGAUCUCGAUCUGUUGGAUGAGGAGUUCAGCUUUCGUCACACUAAUAGGGAGGUGACGACCUCUGGUGGUGCUAGUCUCCCUUUCAUGAGGAUUGCCGGUGGGUUGGUUGGUGUGUAUGCGUGUUUGCACCAUGAUUAUGUGGAAGGUUUCCUCUUGAGCAAAACUCUCGAGUUCUAAAUGAGAGCACCGAUUUGAUGGACAAGAAUUCCACCAAGAGAUCCGACGGCGGAUCGUAGAAACGAUCUUAAUCCAAGAGCUUGAGUAUGCAAGGUAUUACGCUAGGUUUAGUUUGAGGAUCCUUGUGAGGAUUCCUCUUAUUUAUACAUAUAGAUUACAUUAUUAAGGUAAUUAUUAAAGAUAGAAACUAAUU